AUGGCCAGCUUAUCCAAGGAGGUAGUCACCGGCCUGAACAUCCUCAAAAAGGGCCAGGACCCGCCGCUGAAGGCGGACGAAGAGCUGCCCGAGUGGCUGUGGCAGCUGGCGGAGCCAGAGAAGACGCUGAAUGAGCUGCGGCGCAUGAAGUCGGAGAGUAUGACGCCCGAAUUGCUGGAUCGGUAUGUCAAGCUGGAGAACCGGAGCGGCAUCCGGAACUUGAACGAGUCAAGAGCCAAGUGA